AAAAUUGCAAUGCAUUAGGUCUUAAACAAAUGAAAUAAAAUGAAAUCAAUGUUUAAGGUUUUUAGCACAUUGAUUUGGAUGAUCACACCGAAAUUUGAAUGGAGAAAUUCAUUCUUCCCCAUUUCCAUUUCAAUUUGGUUGGCAUACGGAUUAAUGCUGGAUUUGCAAGGCAUUGGCAGGGUUUCACAAGGAACAAAAUUCAAGGGUUUUCGUGAGCCAAUUUGUUUUGAUAUUCUCUGAAAUGGGGAGUUCUUAGUUGGCCAUGUAUGCAUGCAUCUUCUAAGCCAAUGUUUUGUAUCGGCUUUCACCGAAAUUCAUCAUUUGUGAGGAUAUAUAACCUGUCUAGCCGCGCUAUCCAUAAAGUCAUAAUACUGUCGUAAAGAGAUCAAUUGUCAGGGAAGCCAUUAGGUGCAUCUAUGCUUUAUGGGCUUGAAUGCCAAAAGAGGUGGAAUCAGUUAGUCUUAUACUAUGUUACAGGUUCGCCAGGGAUCCUCAACGAACCUGGACUGAUCCAGGCGGGUUCAGAUUCUGAUCAGGGUCCAGCUCCGGGCUGGCCAUUCUACAUGGGUUUACCAUUCAAGUGUGAACAUAGUUCAGGUGUGAGUAAUUUUGUCACUAGUUGCAUGCAUGUCACAUGCAAACUUUGCCUGAAGUCUCAUGUGGAAUCUGUGGUGGAGAUAUCAAUCAAAAGAUCAGAACCAUCAUAUGAGGCCAUCAGAAUACAAUUGCAAUGCCCCGAUCAAAGGUGUGGAGCAGAGCUCAAGACAACAGACAUAUUCAAUUUACUUGACAUUGAUACCAUGAACAGCUAUGAAAAUUGGUUGAGGAAUGCUUAUAGAGAUCUAUAUGGUCCAAUCUCAAGAGCUAAUAUGCUCAAUUGUAUUGAAUGUCGGCAGGGGAAUGCAAUACAAAGUUCAAGAAUGUCUUCUAACAAAGGGAAAGGUUUUAAUAUCCUCAAGAGGAGUUUUGCAAAAAGUGCAAAGAAUAAUCAUAGCAUGGAUCAAUUGCAGAUUGCAAAAAGUAAAGGAAGUAUCCAAUGUCCAGACUCAUGGGUAUGUACAAAGUGUGGUUUUUCUUGGUGUCCAGCAUGUGGUUUUGCCUUUGGUUCAGAGGGUGGAUCCAACUGUAGUCAUUCUUGCAGCCAAGCAAAUAAUUACAUAAUCAAUAGUAUUGUGGCUGAUAUAGAAUUAAUUUAUACUGAGUACACCAGAGGAACCAUGAGAGAAAAUGGUUUUACAUUUAAUUGCUCGUGGACUUAUUCAGCAGUGAAGAAAAUAAGAAAGAUGGAAAAAGAACUUGACCGUAGGGCAGAAAGUGUGCUCAAAUUAUUAACAAGCACUCUUCAGAAUAAAACUGAAAAUCAGCUUCAACCUAUAUUAGGUUUCUCUUCCUCUGUUCUUCUUUCUAGGGGAAAUGUUGUUGGUCAACUUUUAGAGUACUUAGUGAUGAAUGAUUCAAUGUUGGAUAUCUGUGCAAGGAGUGCGCUGUAUCUUCAGUUGGUAGAGCUGUUGAAUACCAUGCUGCAAUACCCAGAGCUCUUUAAAAUGUUGCUAGGAUCCGAAACAGACGUAAGAAAUGGAUUUCAUGAUGAUGGUGAGUUUGGGAGUGAUUCGUCUGUGAUUAAAAAUCUGAGGAACAUAUACAAGCAAUCAAAGAUUGUUGUGAACAGAGUCAAAGAUGGAAAUGAGAACAUAAAUGUGCAGUGUGAACUUGGUAUUGCUAGGUCUCUUUUGGAGUGCUAUGAGAGAUUGGUAUCUGCAGCAGAGAAACAAGCAUCUUCCACUCCCUCUUUGAAUCUGGUUUCGGAAAAUGAUGAUUCAAAAAUGAUAGGGGAUGGUACAGCAGCUCCAGACAAUACAACGUUAGCUUUAGCAGUUAAAGGUCCCAAAAGCAUGGAAAAUAAUGAUGUUAGCUCAGACGAUUGUAAGAAUGUCUUUUUAUAUAAAGAGAGUUUGAAGCUACUACAAUUUGGUGAAUAUCCUUUUAUUGGCGCAGGUUCCUCAGUUCACACAUACAGUAAGUAUUUUGAUGAGGCAGGAUCAAAUCCUAAAAGGAUUGACAAUACAGGUGUGCACAACAAGAAAAGGAUGUUGCAUAUUGCUAAAGAAAUAGCUUCUUUGGCCACAAAUCUUCCUUUAGAGUGGGAAUCAAGCAUACAUGUUCGGGUGGAUCCUGUGAGAAUGGAUUUGUUGAAAGCUUUGAUAGUGGGUCCCAAAGGAACUCCUUAUCAAAAUGGCAUCUUCAUAUUUGAUAUUUAUCUUCCUCCAGACUAUCCUCAACUUCCGCCCAAGGUAACUUUUGUCACAACAGGAUGUGGAACUGUGCGUUUCAAUCCAAACCUAUAUUUUAAUGGAACGGUCUGCUUAAGUUUGCUUGGAACUUAUUAUGGUCCUGGAUGGCAACCCUGGAAGUCAACUCUUUUGCAAGUACUUGUUUCAAUCCAGAGCUUGAUAUUGGUAGCAGAUCCAUUCUAUAACGAACCAGGUUCUGUCUUUUCUUCACGUUUUAGAGAUCUUAGUGGGCCUGCUAAAGAAGAGAGUAGAAAACACAGAUACAACACUUUGAAAAUUGCUAUUAUUGGUGCUCUUAGACAACCAGAUUCUAGCUUUAAAGAUGUAAUUGUAACUCACUUUCAACAUAAGAAAGAUGAGAUUAAAAGCCAAUGCGACGAGUGGAUAGGACUUAGUAGUGAUGAUCCAACACACUCAUUGCACGAUGAGCUUAUUAACACUGUCAACGAAGUAAAGAGGGAACUGGAUAAGUUGUCACCACUCUAGUGGAUAAAUCUUAGCUUCUUAAACAUUACAAGAACUUACAUAUUUUGUCUCCUGAUACAUUCUUAUAUAUUCGGAGGUUGUGUUCCUCUGACACUAAAUGUCCUGGGUAUUACUCCAUUAAAGGCUUCCCUUAUAAGGGUCUCAGUAAAUAUAAUUUCAUAUUGAAAAGUA